GGAAUUGACCAACAAGUCCAAGCGGGCAUCACUGUCAGCGUGUUUUUUCUGCGCUUUGCUGCCGCCGACCGAUAAGCAUGCAGGUGUCUGUUGCGCUCCUCGUCUCCAGCUCGGUGCUCCUGCUGCUCCAGGGAUGCUGCACCGCUGUGAAGGGAUGGAAGGUACUAAAAAAUGAUGCUACGGAGAUCGUACCGGAGUACACGGAGGAUACCAGGACAACCCAGAGGGCAAUACAGGCGUCAAACGACAACACUAACAACAAUAACAACAACAACAACAACAACAACAACAACAGCACUAUGAAUAACAGGGCGAAAAGCGGUGGAAGGAGAACACCAAACACAGUGUCCUACAGUGCCUCUGAGCUGAGUUGCAGGGAGCUGCGUUCCACCCGUUACAUCACCGAUGGCUCCUGUCGCAGUGCCAAGCCUGUCAAGGAGCUGGUGUGCUCAGGCCAGUGCAUGCCCGCACACCUUCUGCCAAACUCAAUCGUCCGUGGCAAGUGGUGGAGGAGCAGCGCCACAGACUACCGCUGCAUCCCGGCGCACUCUCGGACACAGCGCGUCCAGCUGCAGUGUCCCAACGGCAACAGUCGGACUUACAAAAUCCGCGUGGUCACCUCCUGUAAGUGCAAGCGCUACAGCCGCCACCAUAACCAGUCAGAGGCCAAGGAGGUGCCGAAGUCAAGGCGCAACAAGAAGCACGGCCGCUUGUCCCAGGGCCGGAACAAGAACAACACACCACUAACGGGCAACUCGUACUGAGGCUGCUCCACAGUAUCCUUCAAGGACAGAGACCAAAGCACACUCGCUCAUACACACGCACAUGUUACACAACAUAACAACCAACAUGUCUCCUUCAAAUGGAGAGGAGAUCAAAGAGAAAUUUUCAAUGAGAGCGAAUUCAUAAGCUAAUUGUUGGGCUGAUUUUUAAAGUUGUGAUCACCAUACAGGCACUAUCAAUGUUUGUUUUUCCAGAUAGAUGUCAGCAUAUUUGUGAACUUUGUUUAAUUGCAUGACCAAAUGAGUGGACCAACAAUGCCGGUGCUUGCCAUGUGACUGGUCAGGAGAAGUAGCGCUCUCUCUUGGAAUAACAUGACACGAGAAUACCAUCACCCCAGGAGCUCAGAACUUCCCUGUGCUUGCUUCUGUCUCUUACCCUGACACAAACCAGUUUCAUGUGAGCACAGCGAGAAGUCCCGCAAGGCCUCAAACCCACCUGCACAAACAUCCAGCGGAUGUGCGAGUACAUCACGCCACAGCUCUAUUUAACAGUGAAAAGGUGUAUCUUCGCUCCAAACUGGUUGUAAUCCAUCUCCUUAUGGUUGUGCAUAGAGGAGAUGGUGGCAGCUCUGAGGGCUCUGGAGGUGGGAUGCUGACAGGCUCAGAGGCCCUGGCCCCUGCCCCAGAUCAGGCAGCCCUCUGACAGCCUUGGCGAAGGCUUCACUCACCAGGGCAGCCCCCCAGCACUCUCCAAACUACAGCAGCCCCAACCGGGCCUGUCAGUUACAGUAGGGCAUUUUUCCCACGGCCUGAUGGAAAAAGUGAGGAGAAAGACAGAGGUGGAAAGAGAGAGAAGAGUAAAAGAGAGAGGGAAAGGGGGAGCAAACGAUUGUGUCAGCACUCCAGUGCCAAAAGGGCAGUGGGUAGUCCUCU